AUGUGGCGCUGUCCCUCGGGGCUGCUGCUGUUGCUGCUGCUGGCUGGCCAGGGAGCCCUGGGCGCCCGGCGGGGUCGCUGGCGCCGGGAGCUGGCCCCGGGUCUGCACCUGCGGGGCAUCCGGGACGCGGGCGGCCGGUACUGCCAGGAGCAGGACAUGUGCUGCCGUGGCCGCGCUGACGACUGUGCCCUGCCCUACCUGGGCGCCACUUGUUACUGUGACCUCUUCUGCAACCGCACCGUCUCCGACUGCUGCCCUGACUUCUGGGACUUCUGCCUCGGCGUGCCGCCCCCCUUCCCUCCCAUCCAAGGAUGCGAGCACGGGGGGCGCAUCUAUCCGGUCUUUGGGACCUACUGGGACAACUGUAACCGCUGCACCUGCCAGGAGAAGGGGCAGUGGGAGUGUGACCAGGAGCCGUGCCUGGUGGACCUGGACAUGAUCAACGCCAUCAACCAGGGCAACUACGGGUGGCAGGCUGGGAACCACAGUGCCUUCUGGGGCAUGACGCUGGAUGAGGGCAUUCGCUACCGCCUGGGCACCAUCCGCCCAUCUUCCUCUGUCAUGAACAUGAACGAGAUCUAUACGGUGCUAAGCCCAGGGGAGGUGCUGCCCACGGCCUUCGAGGCCUCGGAGAAGUGGCCCAAUCUGAUCCACGAGCCGCUGGACCAGGGCAACUGCGCAGGCUCCUGGGCCUUCUCCACGGCGGCUGUGGCAUCCGACCGGGUCUCAAUCCAUUCUCUGGGACACAUGACGCCAGUCUUGUCGCCCCAGAACCUGCUGUCCUGUGACACCCACCACCAGCAAGGCUGCCACGGUGGGCAUCUUGACGGUGCCUGGUGGUUCCUCCGACGUCGAGGGGUUGUGUCUGACCACUGCUAUCCGUUCUCGGGUCGUGAGCGGGAUGAGGCUGGUCCUGCGCCCCCCUGCAUGAUGCACAGCCGGGCCAUGGGUCGGGGUAAGCGCCAGGCCACUACCCGCUGCCCCAAUAGCCAUGUCCAUGCCAAUGACAUCUACCAGGUCACUCCUGCCUACCGCCUGGGCUCCAAUGAGCAGGAGAUCAUGAAGGAACUGAUGGAGAAUGGCCCCGUCCAAGCGCUCAUGGAGGUUCACGAGGACUUCUUCCUGUACCAGGGUGGCAUCUACAGCCACACGCCCGUGAGCCUGAGCAGACCCGAGCAGUAUCGCCGACACGGGACCCACUCGGUCAAGAUCACAGGGUGGGGAGAGGAGCGGCUGCCCGACGGAAGGACGCUCAAAUACUGGACCGCGGCCAACUCAUGGGGCCCCUCCUGGGGUGAGAGGGGCCACUUUCGUAUCGUGCGAGGCGCCAACGAAUGUGACAUCGAGAGCUUCGUGCUGGGCGUCUGGGGCCGCGUGGGCAUGGAGGACAUGGGUCAUCACUGAAGUUGCAGGCACUAAGCCAGGCCCGGCCCUGGGGUCCCCAUGGGGCGGCAGAAGAGCCCCCAGCUCGCCCUCCGGGGCGGCCCCUGGCGCAGGCGGGCGCCUGGUGCUAAUCCCUGCGCGGAGCCUGAUCUGCUGACGCAGCGCCCGGCCUGGGAGCGCGGGCAGGCGAGGCUGGCGAGCCCCCAGACCUCCCAGCGGGGAUGAGGCAGGGCCUGGCGCGGCAGGAGGGGGCCUGAGACCCUGGCCCCUGGCACUCCAGCCCAGAUCACGGAAGCCAGGACACCGCCAAUCUCCAGCCCCACUACCCCACCCCACUCCUGUAUUCUUGUUUUUCAGAGGUAUUUAUUUUUCUUUUCACUGUUUUAAAAUAAAAUCAAAGUAUGGAUGACUACAGUA